UUGCAACCACACGAAGAGAUUCCCGCCAAAAAGCUUCGCCUGACAAAACCCAGCAAGUCUGCGGCUCUUCACAUCGACCUGUGCAAAUCCAGCAGCCCCACCGAGGCCCUGCAGUACCUGCUGCAGUUCUCCAAGAAACCUGUGGAGGCCGAGAGCGUGGAGGGUGUCGUCCGCAUUCUGCUGGAGCAUUAUUAUAAGGAGAACGAGAGUUCGGUCAGACUGAAGAUCGCCUCCCUGAUCGGCCUCCUGUCUAAAACUCCCGGCUUCGCAGCCGACAGCAUUGUGGAUGAGGUCAUCAUAGCCCUCAGCAAUGAGAAGUCUCACCAGGUCCUCGCACAGUUAGUGGACGCUCUCCCUGGUCAUCGGGAAAACAGCUCCCAAGAAAACCUGCCUGUCUCUUAUCGGCUGGUUGAGAUCGCCUGUAAGCACCUGACGGACACGUCUCAUGUAGUGAGGAACAAGUGCCUGGAGCUGGUGGGCUGUUUGGGUUUACUGGAGAAGCCAGUGGGGAAAGAGAUGGAAAACCUGGCAGCCAGGGACGUUCAGAAGAUCAUCACCGAUUACUUCACCGACCAGGACCCUCGUGUUCGCACCGCAGCCAUGAAGGCAAUGUUGCAGUUGCACGAGCGAGGAAUGAGGUUACAGCAGACAAUCUACUGCCAGGUUUGCCAGGCACUGUCUGAUGAUUAUGAGCAGGUGCGGUCUGUGGCAGUGCAGCUUGUGUGGGUCCUGAGUCAGCUGUACCCUGACAGCAUCGUCCCCAUUCCCUCCUCCAACGAGGAAAUCCGGCUAGUGGACGACACUUUCGGAAAGGUUUGUCACCUGGUGAACGAUGGGUCCUGGUUGGUCCGAGUACAGGCUGCUAAACUACUGGGAUCCAUGAACCAGGUCAGUGUGCAGUUCCUGGAGCAGACUCUCGACAAGAAACUGAUGUCCGACCUGAAGGAGCCGGUCAACACUUAUACCGUCAAUCUCAUCAACUCGGGGGCCUGCGGGGCCUUCGUGCACGGGCUGGAGGACGAGAUGUACGAGGUGCGGCUGGCUGCGGUGGAGUCUCUCUGUACGCUGGGCCAGGCCUCCGCCUCCUUCGCUGAGAAGUGCCUGGACUUCCUGGUGGACAUGUUCAACGACGAGAUUGAGGAGGUGCGUCUGGGCUCCAUCCACGCCUUGCGCCACAUCUCCAGCCACAUCCGUCUGCGGGAGGACCAGCUGGACACCGUGCUCGCCGUCCUGGAGGAUUCCUCCCGGGACAUUCGUGAGGCCUUGCAUGAGCUGCUGUGCUACACCAACGUGUCCACCAAGGACGGCAUCCACCUGGCGCUUGUGGAGCUGCUGAAAAACCUGGCCAAGUAUCACGACAGGAAUUCCAUCUGGAAAUGCCUCAAGUACCUUGGGAGCCGGCACCCGACCCUGGUUCUCCCCCUCGUACCCGAGUUGCUGAGCACACACCCGUACUUCGAUACUCCAGAGCCAGACAUGGACGACCCAGCCUAUAUCGCGGUGUUGGUGCUGGUGUUCAACGCAGCCAAGACUUGCCCCACCAUGUCCGCGCUCUUCUCCGACCACACGUUUCGGCACUACGCCUACCUGCGGGACAGCCUCUCUCACCUGGUGCCCCCGCUGCAGGUCAUUGCCGGGAGAAAGACCUUGGUGUCGGAUUCCAGCAGCCUGGCUCUGAGUGAGGACUCCUCUCGGCAGUUUGUACAGAAGAGCCUGGACCGAGUUCAAAGCAUUCAGCACCUGGAUGCACACGGGUCCCAGGACCUCCUGAAACUCACCACACGGGACUUGCAGAGACUGGGAGAGCUGCAGCCGGAGCUGGCAGGGAUUGCUGAAUUCUCUGCCACCUACCUGCAGUGCCAGCUCCUGCUCAUGAAGUCGCUACAGGAGAAGCUGUGGAACGUGGCAGCUCCGCUCUACCUGAAGCAGAACGCUAUGGCGUCAGCCGCUGCCAAACAGGUCCUGGCCUACACAUACGAGCUGGAGUUCCUGUACAGUGGGCUGGAGAGCCGGCAGCUCGUUAUCAUUCACCACGUGCGGCUCCAGGCUAAAGCCUUGCAGCUCAUCCUGAGCGCUUGCACCACCAGAGGCAUGGAAAUCCUCCUGAACAUGUGUGAGAAGUUCCUCCAGGAGCUCGAGGCAUUCACAAGGUGUUUUGCUGUGGAGCUGCAGCAGUUACAGGGGGGGUUUGUGGAGCGGCUGUUGGAUGUGAUGCCGCGGCUCGUGGCCUGUAAACCCACCGAGAUGGUGAAGAUCCUGCAGACCACCCUGCGGCAGAGCGCCUUCCUGCACCUCCAGCUCCCAGAGCAGGUUCACCGGGCGUCAGCCACCAUCAUCGAGCCCACGGGAGAGUCUGACAAUCCUCUGCGGUUCACCACAGGGCUGGUGGCUGUGCUGGAGCUGGAUGCCACACUACAGCACGUGAGUGACCCCCCCAACUCCAUCAAGGUGCAGGUUGUGUAUCCCGACGGCCAGGCCCACAUAAUCCAUCCCAAAGCGUCCGAUUUCCGCAAUCCUGGGCCCGGCAGACACCGAUUGAUUACCGAGGUCUAUCUCUCUCACACAGCCUGGACAGAGCCCUGCCAGGUGGAGGUGCGACUGUUGUUGGCGUACAGUGCAAGCGGCAGCCGGGGAGGGGCUGGGGCCAGGCCGGCCUGGGGGGACAGUGUGGACGGACUCCCCCAGACAGACACCACCAUCGAGGGCACCAUCAACCUCAGCAAACCCGUCAAGGUCUACCUGAUGCCCAAACCAGCCAGGCGCUGAGUUGAGCAGAGCCUGGGGGAGGGAAGUGGGGGAGAGCUCAGUGGUUAGAGCGCUCACCUCACGAGCGAGAGGACCUGGGUUUGAGUCCUGGGUUGGGAGAAACGUUAAAGUUUCCUUACUCCACACACAGACACAGACGCACACACCUCUGUUUAUCG